AUGACCCCCCCGCCCCUGCCGGUGAGGAGGGCGGAGAGAAGCAGUCGAAGAAGGGUGCCAAGAAGGCCGAGGCCAAGGCAAAGAAGGAGGCCGAGAAGGCCCGCCGUGCUGCCGAGCGUGAGGCCGCCGAGGCCGCACAGAAGGCGGCCGGCGGGCGGCGCCAGCGGCGAGGACCUGGCCAAGGAGAACUACGGCGACGUGACAGCGACGACCAAGGUCGAUGCGGAGCGCGUGCACCUGAAGGACAUCACUGAGGAACACAUUGGCAAGAGCGUCAAGGUGCGCGGCUGGAUCCAGAACUCGCGCAUGCAGGGCGCCAAGAUGUGCUUCAUCGAGCUGCGCGAGGAGCGCAACUGGGCCGUUCAGGGCGUUCUGGCCGCCAGCUCCGAGGGCAAGCCUGUUUCGCGACAGAUGGUAAAGUGGAUGGGCGGUCUCGCUCUCGAGUCUUUUAUCCUGGUCGAGGCUGUUAUCCAGAAGCCCCUUGACCCGGUCAAGAGCUGCAAGGUUAGCAACUUUGAGCUCCACAUCACCAAGUGCUACAUCCUCGCGCCUGGCCCCGAGGCUCUCGGCAUGAGCCUUCCCGUUGCGAACCGUGCCGUGUCCAGCUUCGAGGACGAAGACCCUUCAGUGACGGCCGCUAAGGCCGAGGCGGAGAAGUCGGUUGAGGCUGUCAAGCAAGGUGUCGAGAACGUCAGCCUCGACGCCACGCCGAGUGCCAGCAUGGCGACGCACCUGAGCAACCCUGCCAUGCACAAGCGCGCCCCUGUCCAGCAGGCCAUCGCCGAUGUGCGCAUGGCCACGCGCAAGCUGUUCGCCGAGUACCUCGACACCCAGAACUUUGUGCAGUUCGAGCCUCCUUGCCUUAUCGGAGCCGCUUCCGAGGGCGGUGCCAACGUCUUCGCCAUGCCUUACUUUGAGAAGACCGCCUAUCUGGCCCAAUCACCCCAGUUCUACAAGCAGAUUGAAAUUGCUGGUGGUCGCAAGCGAGUUUACUGCAUCGGACCAGUCUUCCGCGCGGAGAACUCCAACACCCCCCGCCACAUGACCGAGUUCACCGGCCUUGAUCUGGAGAUGGAGAUCGAGGAGGACUACCACGAAGUCAUGGAAAUGCUCGAGAAGGUUCUCUUGCAUAUCUUCCGCGGCAUCAAGGAGCGCUGCGCCGAGCAGAUUGAGAUCAUCCGUGCCGUGUAUCCCUCGGAGGACUUCCUUCUGCCCGCUCCCGGUGAGGGCGUCCUCCGUCUCACCUUUGCCGAGGGCCAAAAGCUCCUGCGCGAGGAGGGCCCUGAGGAGUACCGCAACGUCUCUGACAAUGAGGACAUGUCGACGCCGCAGGAGAAGGCUCUCGGCGCCCUCAUUCGCAAAAAGUACAACACCGACUUCUUCGUCCUCGACAAGUUCCCCGAAUCGGCGCGCCCCUUCUACGCUCUCGAGGACCCCGCCAACCCCGCCGUCACCAACGCCUACGACUUCUUCAUGCGCGGCCAGGAGAUCCUCAGUGGUGGCCAGCGUAUUCACAUCCCCAGCGUCCUGGAGGCCAGGUUGAGGACGAAGGGUGUCGACCCCGAGUCGCAGGGCAUCAAGGAGUACGUCGAUGUCUUCCGCAGCGUUGGUGUCCCGCCUCACGGUGGAGGCGGUAUUGGUCUCGACCGUGUCGUUGCAUGGUUCCUCAACCUGCCUUCGGUGCACCUUGCCAGCUACUACCCCCGCACACCUAAGCGCCUGCUGCCAUAG